UAGUGAAGUGCUCUAGGCGUCGGCCUCCUUCAAAACCUCUCCUCAAACCAAUUUUCUAUCGAUAGGUACAAAAUGGAACCACAAUUAUUACUUGUACUGAUUUUGAUCUCAUGUUGCUAUUCGAUGCGUCAACAGUCCGUCGCCGUCAGUGGUAGGUUGAUGUGUGGAAAUAGACCAGCAGCUGGAGUGAAGGUGAAGCUCUGGGAUGAGGAUGAUGGACCAGAUCCAGAUGAUGUACUCGACGAGCAGUUUACAGAUGAGAGUGGUGCUUUUCUAGUUAAGAUCUACCAUGACUGCGAUGAUGGAAUUUUGCCAGGACAAAGGAAGCUGAAAUUCUAUAUUCCGGACUCGUAUAUCUCUGCAGGUGGUAUUGCAAGACGAGUAUUUAAUCUUGGAUAUCUCAAUCUCGAAACGAUAUUUCCGGGAGAAGAACGUGAUCUUUUCUAA